AUGGAUAUUUCAAACUAUGUUGCAAAUUUUCAUUUUGACGAAAAACAUGCUGCAGCUUUUGAUAAUGCAGAUGUAAACACCAUUGAUCUCUUAACUAUUGAUGUCUCGGAUUUGGAGAAGCGGACGAACUGUAAAAAAGAUGAGCUCAUUCAAAUCAUACAACAGGUUUCACUCUUAUUGCGGCCCAAGAGAAAGGUUGCUUCACAAAUUGUCCAAUCCUUUUUAACUACGGGAGACCCUGUCUUGGAUCAGAAGCUUCGGGGUGGAAUACCAGUUGGUCAAUUGACUGAAAUUUGCGGCGAAAGUGGUUCUGGGAAGUCUCAACUAUGCAUGCAGCUGUGUAUAAUGGUCCAACUUCCUAGAGCUUUUGGUGGAUUAAAUAAAGCGGCUGUGUUUAUAUCUACCGAAUCCGGACUAGAAACAAAACGUCUAUUCGAACUAGCAAAGUAUCUACCAGACCGAUUUCCAGAAGCUGAAGAAAGCGACGUAUUUAUUCGAAACCCUGGUGACAGAGUAUAUACCAUUCUCUGUCCAGAUUUGGAGUCGCAAGAACACAUUAUUCAAUACCAGCUUCCCAUUCUUUUUGAACGAGACAGUAUAGGGCUAGUUGUGCUAGAUAGUGUCGCUGCUAAUUACCGUGCUGAAUUGAGGUAUAAUCGGUCGAAAAGUCAUUAUACGGAUUUAAAUAAUAUUGCGACCAGAGGAAAUCAAUUGGGAAAGCUUGCAUCUAUACUUCGAGAUCUUAGCCGGCGGUAUGAAGCUGCUGUCGUUAUUGCAAAUCAAGUGAGUGAUCGGCUAACGCGGGACUACGACGCAAUUGGGUUAUUUAGUUUGGACUAUCAGUCACAAUGGUUUAAUGGAUGGGACGAUUUAGAUCCAAAUCCUAAGAUACCUUCCUUGGGUCUUGUUUGGACGAAUAAUGUCAACACGAGAUUGGCUCUCAUCAAGCGUGCCGACAGUGCAACUGUGAAGGCGAGAAGGACGCUAAGAGUUGUUUACUCUCCAAAUGCUGCACGAAUUGACAUUCCAGUAUUAAUAGGUUCUAUGGGUAUUUUUGUUCCCAAGGAAGAAAAAGACGCUUCCAACCCCUUAUUAUAG